GCUAGGUUCAACUAUUCAUCACAACAGAGAACUUAUUUUCAGACGUAGACAGGAUAUUUUUGCGGCAUCUACGUAUUUAUAGCAGAACCAAAGGGAGUUAUAGAAAUUGUGUCUAAAUGCAGUUUCAUCUAGAUGAGUGCUUACUGAUUCUGCUACGUCAGUGAACCACAUACAUUGUGGGUAUCUAGAAACUUACCAUUGAGACUACAGAUAUUACGGCAUUACAAAAAAUCAUGGGACGAAAGAAAAUACAAAUUUCCAGAAUCGGAGAUGAAAGAAAUCGACAGGUCACAUUUACAAAGCGAAAGUUUGGACUAAUGAAGAAAGCAUAUGAAUUGAGCGUACUAUGUGAUUGUGAGAUAGCUCUCAUCAUAUUUAAUAGCUCUAACAAACUUUUCCAGUACGCUAGUACUGAUAUGGACAAAGUACUUCUUAAAUAUACAGAAUAUAAUGAGCCUCACGAAAGCCGCACAAAUAAAGACAUCAUUGAGGCUUUAAAUAAAAAGGAAAACAAGGGGUGUGACAGUCCUGACCCUGACUCUGACCAGUAUAUCCUUACACCUAGAACUGAGGAGAAAUACCAGAAGAUAAACCAAGAAUUUGAUCGAAUGAUGCAGAACAACAGACUUCCCAUUAUGUCACCUUAUCAGAAUUCAAUGACGGUGCCAAUCGCCAACUCAGGGUACCCGGUGCACCCUCAGGCUGGCCUCUCUCCCGGAGCUAGUGGGGGACCCCCAGGCCUCAUGCAGCCUCCCCAGCCUCUGCCUCAAGGCAGUAUUAGCCCUAGGCCCAAUUCAGCAGGUGGUUUGCUGGAUAUGAGUACACCUAAUGGUUACCCUCCAAGCCGCUCACCUAACCCUAAUGGGGUCAUCAACACAUCCCCUGGGCGACCCAUGGCAAAAUCUCCACAACCCCCCAAUCAGGCGGGUGUCUCAAGGCCAAAUCUACGGGUUGUUAUUCCUAACUCAAGGGGAGACUUGGAACAGCAACAACAGCAACAACAGCAGCAGCAACAACAACAACAACAACAACAGCAACAACAGCAAAUCCCACCGAGAUCUUCAACAAACCACCAACUAGCAACCCCUGUAGUUUCCAUAGCAACCCCAAAUGCUCCUGGAGCAGCAUUUCCGUCCGGUCUCCCUACAGCUUUUCCUGGUUCAAAUGAUUUCUCAUUAAACUCUGCGGACUUGAAUAAUAUGCCUGGCUUCAACACACCUCAGUUAAUAGCACCAGGAGGGGGAGGGGGCCAGUGGAACAACCAUACGCCAGGCCCCUUAUCAGCAGCAGUGCAAGCUGCAGGUCUUCAUCAACCCCCAGUAUCUGUUUCAAGUCCUACACAUUCUGAUGGGCUGUCCCCGAGACAUCAUCACAUGAUGAAUAUCAAGAUGGAGCCUAUAUCCCCACCUCGUACGACCACUCCCUCUAGUCAGAAUCCCCACCUACUCUCGACCCCCCAUCAUCAAAUGGGUGGGACAGGCCACAUCUCUCCUUCAGCAUAUUCACAUCAUAGCAGUAACUCGUCAAGUCCAACUAAUGCAAAUGAUUUUGACGGACCGCAAUCAAAGCGUCCAAGGAUAACAUCGGAGGGUUGGCCUACCUAG